AUGGACGGAAGCAUAAGAUGCCGAAGAGGGAGCUCAGACCAAGGAACUGAUGCUGGGUUGUCUGUCAAGAGCAAGAAAUCCAAAUCCAUGAACCUGCAGAAAGAGGUGGGUUUGAUCAGUGGAAUCUGUGUCAUAGUUGGGACUGUGAUAGGUUCAGGGAUCUUUAUUUCUCCCAAGUCCGUGCUGGCAAAUGUCGGGGCAGUUGGGCCUUGCUUAGUCAUAUGGGCAGCCUGUGGACUUCUGGCUAUGUUAGGGGCGCUGUGCUUUGCCGAACUUGGCACCACAAUAACAAAAUCGGGAGGAGAAUACCCUUACCUUAUGGAAGCUUUUGGCCCAAUACCCGCCUUUUUGUUUUCCUGGACUGCUUUCGUUGUCAUGAAGCCCAGUUCCUUUGCCAUCAUUUGCCUCAGCUUUGCCAAGUAUGCGUCGGCUCCGUUUUAUCCAGGAUGCGACCCUCCCGUAGCAGUCGUCAAGUGUUUGGCAGCCGCCGCCAUUUUGGUCAUUACUACAGUGAAUUCUCUGAGUGUGAAGCUAGCGAGCUACAUGCAGAAUUUUUUCACCGUUGCUAAAAUGGUGAUCGUUGUCAUCAUCAUUAUAAGUGGACUUGUCCUCCUUGCCAAAGGAAACACACAAAAUUUAAUGAAUUCAUUCGAUGGUCCCCCAAUUUCAGUGGGUGCUAUUAGUCUGGCUUUUUAUAAUGGACUCUGGGCAUACGAUGGAUGGACUCAGCUCAAUUAUAUCACAGAAGAGCUUAAAAAUCCCUACAGGAAUCUACCGCUGGCUAUCCUUAUUGGAAUCCCACUGGUCACAGUUUGUUAUACUCUGAUCAAUCUUUCAUAUUUCACGGUUAUGACUUCAACAGAACUCCUGCAGUCCCCAGCAGUUGCUGUGACAUUUGGAGAUAGAGUUCUUUAUCCUGCUUCUUGGGUUGUACCGCUGUUUGUAGCUUUUUCAACCAUUGGGGCUGCCAAUGGGACUUGCUUCACUGCCGGCAGGCUCAUUUUCGUAGCAGGUCGUGAAGGACACAUGUUAAAGGUGCUGUCCUACAUCAGUGUUAAACGCUUGACUCCGGCGCCAGCCAUCAUAUUUUAUGGUGCAAUAGCCAUCAUUUAUAUCAUCCCUGGAGAUAUUGAAACACUGAUCAACUACUUUAGCUUCGCUGCUUGGAUAUUCUAUGGCUUGACUGUGCUGGGACUUAUUGUCAUGCGCUUUACAAGAAAAGAACUCAAAAGGCCAAUCCGUGUACCAAUUAUCAUCCCCAUCAUCGUGACAUUGGUAUCCGUCGUGCUGGUGUUGGCACCCAUCAUUACUGCUCCUGAACUGCCGUAUUUGUACUGUACUCUAUUUAUUCUUAGUGGACUUAUCUUUUAUGUCCUUUUUGUUCAUUUUAAGUUCAACUGGGCUCAAAAAAUUUCAAGGCCAAUCACUAUGCAUCUUCAGAUGCUUUUGGAAGUUGUUCCACCAGAGGGAGUUACAGAAUAG